AUGCGCCUUCCUUACGUCCAAGACCCUCCACAGACCAGCACACCCCACGAAGCCCAGGUUCUGGCGGACAUCCAAGCCCGGCGAGGAGCAAACCCUCUUCUCCCUCUGGACCUUGCUCUACUACACUCUUUUCCCAUCGCGGAGGGGUGGAAUUCCUUCUUCGGCGCAAUCAGAACCCAAUCAAUUCUCUCUGCCACAGUCAGAGAGCUAGCAAUCUGCCGUGUGGCCGUAGUGAAUGGAGCCUUGUUUGAAUGGGAACAGCACGCUCCACUGUUGCAGAAGAGUGGCGUAAGAGAAGAGAUGUUGGAUAUCAUCAAGGAUGCGGAAAUUGAUUUCUCCAGCGAAUCACUCUGUUCCGUGCUAAGUCCUGAGCAUAGAAUUGUGCUGAGGUAUACGGAUGCUAUGACGAAGACGAUCAAAGUUCCCGACGAGGUGUUCACAGAACUGAAAGUUCUCUUUAGCCCCCAGGAGGUUCUUGAAAUGACGACGACUAUUGCGGGUUAUAACUGUGUUAGCCGGAUCUUGGUAGCACUGGAUAUUGGAGAAAGGAACCAAGGUGCUGAUGAUUGGCUCAAAGCGAGAGGUCUCUGUGCUGAUUGUGGGUCACCGCCAUAA